AUGCACCCUUUGGAUAAAAAUGUUAUAGACGCCCACUGUGCUAUGGCUUCUGACAGAAUUGGAUUUAGACAGAGAGCGCUCAACGGAAAGAUUUUAACUAUGAGCAAGGAUAUUGCUAAGAAAUAUCAGAACGGAGAUAUUGAAUUGGCCCAGAUUGCCACGGAAGGUAUUAUCAACCUCAAGAAGACAGUGGCUGCCCUUGAAAUCCUAAACCUGUAUAUUCAAACUUUUAAAACCCGUGUGGACUCUCUUAACUAUGAGGAGAAGGUCCCUGCUAAUAUGAGAAAGUAUAUAGCUUCUAUUCUGUUCUGUGACGGACGUGUUGAGAUUAAAGAGUUGAGUACAAUUUGUGCUCAGAUCCGCCGACGCUAUGGCGCCGCGCUCAGCGAUCUAGCGGAGGAUGUGGAUCCCCGCAUUUCUUCGCGUCUCACCCCGUGCAUCCCGAAUCCGAGCGACGUCUCCGAGACGCUUCAGGACAUUCUCCGCAAGAACGGCGUGUCCUUCCAGAGCCUGGAGCCGGAGGUGAACCCCUUCACGCAGUUCAUCACGGAGAGCAUCAACAACCCCGCUGGUGCGACUCCUUCGCUCCCGCAGCCGCCGGCUCCCGGCCCCCUGCCCCCCGCCUUCCCUGGCGUCCCUGGCGUCCCUGGCGUCCCUAGCGUCCCUAGUGUGCCUGGUGUGCCCAGCGUGCCUAACGUGCCUAACGUGCCUGGCGUGGCGGAUGUGCCCAGCUCGCCUGGUGUGCCCAGCGCGUUCCCCAUGAUGCCGUCCGACCCGGCGAUCCCCCCGCUGCCCUCGGACCCCUUGACCCCGCCCAGCGGGUUUGGAGCCAUGGCUGGCGAGCCCGGCACGCCGCACGGAGCCUUCCCGCCGAUGCCUCCCAGCGUGCCAAGUGUGCCAAAUGUGCCCAGCAUGCCAAAUGACCCCAGUGGAAUGAGUGGAAUGGGAGGAAUGAACGCGUUCCCGACGAUGCAGCCCACCAUGCCGAAGCCGUUCCCUGCUGUCCAGAUGCCCUUCUCGAUGGAGGCACCGAACCAGCCCGGCAUGGAUGGCCGAUCCGAUGCGGACGAUUAUAUGAAAAAGCUGAAUAGUUUUAAGUAAUACUGCAGUGUGUGGA